GUGUUUGUUGUUUGGGGGGCGAGAGACUGAGUAGGCCUCUCUCUUACGUCGACGGCUCUGUUGGGAGCAGUUUGCCAUUUCUCUAGCGACUUUAAUUCGUAAUACUAAUACUGUAAUAGUAAUAUUAUUAUCAUCGUCGUCGUGAUGAGUAGUAGUUUCUCUUCCAAUGGAUUGCUGCAGCCCUCGUCGUCAAUGCGGCACCUCGACUUGGAGGUGGGUAAUGCUACGAAGGAUGACGACGUCCUCAACCACGAAGACCACCUCGAACAGCAUUCCUUGGAUAAUGAAUCUGGUCCUUUUGAUAUUGCUCAUACCAAAAAUGCUCCUCUUGAGACACUUAGGCGCUGGAGGCAAGCCGCACUUGUUCUAAAUGCUUCACGUCGGUUUCGAUACACUUUGGACUUAAAAAAGGAAGAAGAGAAAGAACAAAGAAGAAGGAUGAUUAGAGCUCAUGCACAAGUCAUAAGAGCAGCAUUACUUUUCAAAUUGGCUGGGGAGCGACAAAUUGUGAGAUGUCCCAUAGUUGCAGACCCAAAUCCCAGUGGUGAUUAUGAAAUUGGACUAGAACAGCUAGCUUCUAUGACCAGGGAUCAUAAUUUUUCUGCUUUACAACAGUAUGGAGGUGCUAAAGGGUUAUCUAAUAUGUUGAAAACAAAUUUGGAGAGUGGAAUCCAUGGAGAUGAGGAUGAUUUAAUAAAGCGUAGGAAUGCAUUUGGAGCUAAUACUUAUCCUCGUAAGAAAGGACGGAGUUUCUUGAGGUUCCUCUGGGAAGCAUGGCAAGAUUUAACCCUUAUCAUUUUGAUAGUAGCUGCCGUGGCAUCAUUGGUCCUGGGAAUUAAAACAGAGGGUUUGGAAGAAGGAUGGUAUGAUGGGGCAAGCAUUGCUUUUGCUGUCAUUCUUGUUAUCGUUGUUACAGCUGUUAGUGACUAUCGCCAGUCUCUCCAGUUUCAAAACUUAAAUGAAGAAAAGCAAAAUAUACAGUUAGAGGUCAUGAGAGGUGGUAGAACAUUGAAAAUCUCAAUAUUUGAUAUUGUUGUUGGUGAUGUUGUACCCCUUAGAAUAGGUGAUCAGGUCCCUGCUGAUGGUAUCUUCAUCACUGGUCAUUCUCUUGCUAUAGAUGAGUCUAGCAUGACGGGCGAAAGCAAAAUUGUUCACAAGGAUCAUAAGGCACCAUUUUUAAUGUCUGGAUGCAAAGUUGCAGAUGGCAUUGGAACUAUGCUGGUAACUGGUGUUGGAAUCAAUACUGAAUGGGGAUUAUUGAUGGCAAGUAUCUCAGAGGAUACUGGUGAAGAGACUCCAUUGCAGGUACGUUUGAAUGGAGUUGCUACUUUUAUAGGCAUUGUUGGUCUUUCAGUAGCUAUAUCUGUUCUUGCUGUCCUUUUGGGUCGAUACUUUACUGGAAAUACUAAAAACUCAAAUGGAGAAACCCAGUUUGUCAAAGGCCACACUAAGUUCAGUGAGGCAGUAGAUGGAGUGAUUAAAAUUAUUACAAUUGCGGUCACAAUUGUUGUUGUUGCUGUGCCAGAGGGGCUUCCUUUGGCUGUUACCCUGACUCUCGCAUAUUCAAUGCGGCAGAUGAUGGCAGAUAAAGCCUUGGUCCGUAGGCUUUCAGCAUGUGAAACUAUGGGCUCGGCAACAACAAUUUGCAGUGAUAAAACUGGAACAUUGACCUUGAAUCAGAUGACUGUAGUUGAAGCUUAUGUUGGGAGAAAGAAGAUGAAUCCACCAGAUGACUCCUCACAAUUGCAUUCUGAAGUUAACUCUUUGUUAUGUGAGGGUGUUGCACAGAACAGCACAGGCAAUGUUUUUGUGCCCAAGGAUGGCGGUGAUGUUGAGGUUUCUGGAUCCCCUACUGAGAAGGCUAUCCUUUCCUGGGCUGUCAAGUUGGGGAUGGAGUUUGAUGUCAUUAGAUCACAGUCAAAAGUUCUCCAGGUUUUCCCUUUCAACUCAGAGAAAAAGCGAGGUGGUGUUGCAGUACAAAGGACUGACUCUAAGGUCCAUAUACAUUGGAAGGGAGCAGCUGAGAUACUUCUCGCCUCAUGUACAAGAUAUAUCGACUCAAACGGUGUCCUGCAACCGAUUGAUGAAGAUAAGGAUUUUUUCAAGGCUGCUAUUAAUGACAUGGCUGCAAGCAGCUUACGAUGUGUUGCCAUUGCAUACCGGUCAUAUGAAUUGGAUAAAGUUCCUGCUAAUGAAGAAAACUUAGACAAAUGGGUUUUACCUGAAGAUGAACUUGUUUUGCUUGCUAUCGUUGGCAUUAAGGAUCCCUGUCGCUCUGGCGUAGAAGAUGCAGUGAGAGUAUGCACACAAGCUGGUGUUAAGGUAAGAAUGGUCACUGGAGACAAUCUUCAUACAGCAAAAGCAAUAGCUUUGGAAUGUGGGAUUCUUGGUUCUCAUGCAGAUGCUACUGAGCCUAAUAUCAUUGAAGGGAGGGUGUUCCGUGAAUAUUCUGAGAAGGAAAGAGAAUCAGUUGCACAGAAAAUAACAGUGAUGGGAAGGUCAUCUCCUAGUGACAAGCUUUUGCUAGUUCAAGCCCUGCGCAAGGGAGGGGAGGUUGUAGCUGUGACUGGUGAUGGGACAAAUGAUGCUCCUGCACUUCAUGAGGCAGAUAUAGGCCUGUCUAUGGGCAUUCAAGGGACUGAAGUUGCAAAAGAAAGUUCAGAUAUCAUUAUCUUGGAUGAUAAUUUUGCUUCGGUUGUAAAGGUUGUACGAUGGGGCCGUUCUGUGUAUGCCAAUAUUCAGAAGUUUAUCCAAUUCCAGCUUACUGUUAAUGUUGCUGCUCUUGUGAUCAAUGUUGUUGCAGCUGUGUCUUCUGGUGAUGUUCCUUUGAAUGCUGUGCAGCUUCUAUGGGUUAAUCUUAUCAUGGAUACACUUGGAGCACUUGCAUUGGCUACAGAACCACCAACAGACCACCUUAUGCAUAGAUCCCCAGUUGGUCGAAGGGAGCCUCUUAUAACAAAUAUCAUGUGGAGGAACUUACUCAUACAGGCUCUGUAUCAAGUAGGUGUUCUCCUUGUUUUAAACUUCCGUGGCAAGAGUAUUCUCAAUUUGAAUGAUGAAAGCAGGGAACAUGCUACUGAUGUAAAGAAUACUAUGAUAUUCAAUACAUUUGUCCUCUGUCAAAUAUUCAACGAGUUCAAUGCUCGAAAGCCAGAUGAAAUCAAUGUCUUUAGUGGAAUCACCAAAAACCGCUUGUUCAUGGGAAUAAUUGGAUUUACUUUCAUAUUACAGAUAAUCCUCAUUGAAUUUGCUGGGAAAUUCAUGUCAACUGUGAGACUUAAUUGGGAGUUAUGGCUUGCAUCUGUGGUUAUUGCCCUUGUCAGCUGGCCUCUUGCGGCGAUUGGAAAACUUGCUCCAGUUCCGGAAACUCCAUUAACAGUGUACUUGGGUAAGCCAUUUCGGAGAUGGAGAACUGGUCAGCACGCAUAAUAUCUGUUUGUGUAUGGUUUCAUUCUUAAUCUUCUGAUGAGCACCGCAUAUUUAAAGGUGAAGUGAUGGUUUUAUUAAAAAUACGUGACAUGGCAAAAGCGGAACUGCUAACCAUUUAGCUCAAAGUUGUGGGUAAAUUUGUAAACAUAGCAUUGUUAUGUUGGAUCAUAAGAUGAUUAUUAUCCUUAUCCUACCUUUUUAAUGAAAAUUUCAGCACGGAAUGCCUUGAUAUUUUAUUA